AUGUCAACAAACACAAAUAUACGUGAUGAACGUAUACCGUUAAUUACUGAUUAUGGUAUUGCAAUAACAGGAGUGAUUGAUAAAGAUGACGUAACACUUCCUGUUCACCUAGCAGUAUCAAAAAGAGAUGAACCAGAUCCCGUACUUAAUGCAGAGUCAAGAGACAUGGAUGGCACUGUCACAGUGAACAAUUUGAUAAUAGGAAAUACUUAUGUUCUUCUUCGUUAUGCUUCCUAUAAAUUUACUCCUACAGAAGGAGAUGCUAACAAUUUCAUUCAUUCACAUUUCGAUGUUAAACAUGAGUUCAUCGCUGACAACAGUACAUACGUUUACAAAGAUCCAAAAAAAAUACCAUCGACAGGAUCUGUUUAUUAUCGAUGUGUUUUAAAGCCUGAUGUUGUUCGAAAUUCAAGUGAAUAA